AUGAAGAUUUAUCUCUCAUCCAGUCUUGUUAUUGCGGUCGUUGCGGUCGGCAUGUUUGAAUGUGUGAUUGUGAGCGAUGGUAAGUAAGAAAUAAACAACACGAGUGCCAUGUGUGAUGGAUAGCAGUCUCGAAGCGUCUCUCGUGAAAAACGUCUAGUUUACGUCGUUUUUAUGGUUUAUACACCGAGAAGAAGACGCCUAGUUCGUGCGAUUUUCGUUGGGCUUAUUUUUAUUGGAUGUGUGCUGUUAUUUGAACGAUGGAAUGUUAGUGGUCCCCCAGUCUCAAACCAUGAUCCAAGGAUCGCAAAAUAUGUGAACGAACCUUUGGGUAAUAUGUUAAUUUUAUGUUUCCUAAACUGGAUUACUUGUAGUGUUUUCAAAUACCGCUCUGAUCCUCUUGUUUUGCCUAUAUUGAACUUGAAAAGAUUACUCUUAAAUCUUUAAAGAAGCGCUAUAUUAUAAAAGACUAUAGAAUUAACAUGAAUAUUUUAUUAUGUUUUCCCUUUUAUAUUUUGCUCUAUUAUUCAGUUCAUUUAUUAGCUUCGUGCUUGUUAAGUUCAAGUCCGCCACGUUGCUUGCAUCUUUUAUUUUCGAUUUGAGUUUUAGCGCACGUUUGAAAGUUCAAAUGAAGAAGGUAUCAUGAAGUUUUGUGAUAAGACGUUGUAUUUCUCGUGACCAACGAACACAGGGUUUAAUUUGUUUGCCUUCUAACCGCGACUAGCGUGAGGUUUUUAAUAUUUAAAACAAAGAAUAUUACAGUGUGAACUUUACUGAAUCUUAGUUUCGUAAUAAAAUUUGCUUUGCUAAUGUUAUUAAUGUUCUAAGUGUGAACAUAAUUUUAAUAUCUUAUCAGCAAGAGCUCUCUGCUCGCGUGUAUAACAUUACGAUAACUUGAACUUAUCUAGGUUGAAAGAUUAGGAAUAAUUACAGACAGCUGCACAAUUUGCUUUGCAUAACAAUGUUUUUUGAUGAUAGCAUUGUGUUCAACAUCUAGUUGCAUUUACAACUUCGUGUAAAACAUCAUGUUUUAAGUUGUCAUUUCACAGUAGGGUCUGAAGGUCUUCUGAACUUUGUAAUUCAAAACUUUGAAAUAAUAUAUUAUUUGAACAGUAGGACUCUCAAAAUAAUAUACAGACAUAAUGGCACAUUCUCAUCACAGAAUUACAACUAAUCACAGCAAUCCUAACUUUUGCACACAAGUCAUUCAUUCUGUUACAAGAGGAUCUGGUAACCCGGGGUAUUCAUUCUGCUGUAAUAUGACUAAGCUAGCUAGGUGUAAUUUCAAAUGCAGUAAUUAAAAGUUGACAGCUGUGUAAGUAGGGGUUGAGUUGACAGGGUUUCUCAUACCAGCAGGGCUAAUAUUAGCUUCAUGUUUCCUCGUACAUGUUAGAAAGUAUUAAUAAAAAACAAAUUGUUAUUUUCUAGAUACUAUUUAUCGUGAAAGAAAAACCACAAGACGAGAUGUGAAUGUUACCAAAGUGAGAAUUGAGUAAAUUAUUUAAAAAGAUCCCUUUGAACAACUUGAAAACAUUUCUAAACACUUCCUCACCAAGUACCUUCAAUCCAAAUGUCUGAGUGUUCUUAAUUUUUUCAGGUGGUUCAGACAAAGCACAUCAACCAAUGAAUUAUAUAUUUGCCAAUGCUUGUUGAAUUAUUGAAUUCCUUGGUUAACCAUUUGUCUAAGCGUUGAUUGAGCUGGUUGCAGUUUGUUUUUGUCAAGUUAUGAAAUGUCCAAAAUUAAAAGAUUACCCUGUUAACCCAUUGACCCACAAUGCGCCCCACUUUUUUUUACUUGUCUAUAAUGCCAGGCGAUUUUACUCGUCAAUGGGGAUUGGUUAAAAAGGAAUAUACCCCAGAUGCAUACGUUCACAUUGCAAUAAAUGGUGUUAGGUAUCAUGUUUUUCUUCAUCUUUUUCUGUUCAGGUAUUAGUUAUUAACCAGAAGAAACAAAUUAAAAACUCUGAUGUCACAAAGAAACUCAACAUAACAUGGAUCAAGCAUCCUUGGACAUCAUCUGUGAGUAUAAUAAUCGUAAAAAUAAACUUGAAGAUUGCCAUCAGAGCAAGCCAAACUAGGGGUGCACCGGAACCAAUUUUUUAAGUUCCGGCCGGAACCGGAUUCGACCGCAACUGGGAAAAGUUCCGGCUGGAACUUCCGGCCGGAACCGGAACUGAUUUACUAAUUAGCCAUAUAUAGUCAUACCGUAUGUUACUUUGUCCGCUACCAGACAGGCAGACACUUCAAGUCAUCAAGGAGAGAGCUUGCAAAUGUUAGAAUAAAAAGAUUGACAAACGUUAAACGUCACAAUAAAGUGUUAAUAGUGUACAUUUCCCUUGCGUAGUCCAAAUUUCUUCCUACUGUGAACUUUUGUCAGACACAAAAACGUUUGAUAUUCUAUCUCUCUGAAAAUGACAGAGUUCCGGAUCCGGCCAUGCUUUUUUUAUUAGUUCCGGCCAGAACUGGAACACUCUGAAAAAUCGGGGUUCCGGAGCACCCCUACCCCAAACCACUCCAAACUUUCUGAAAAUUGUUGAAAAGCAUUUCUCGCAUCAAAACAGUUAGUUUUGACUGAUAAAAACAUGUUUUAAACAUUUUUGGUAAAAUGCAAAGGGGGAACCACAGGUAUACCUAGGCUGACCAAAGGGGGCCCCAUUAUUCUCCCCCUUCUCCCCAGGCUCUCCAUUAACCCAUUGAGUUGUAUUGUACCCCAAUAUGCCCUGCAUUAUUAUUAUGUCUAAUGCUAGACAAAUUUUUAACGGUGAAGGGGAGAGAGUGCUCUCAAUGGGUUAAAUGAUAAUUUACAUGUUAUGUUGUUUCAGUUGCGUGGUUUCCUCAAUGUGCAUGUCUGGCUAGACUGGUGUGGCAGUACAGUCAAUGAUCUCAGACGUAAUAUUCACUUUCCUAACUAUCCCGAUGUCAGAUUGAAAACUAAACUGUUUCAUCUCAGCCAUGAUGCUCAUAACUUUGGUCAGAGAGUCUUUGGCUAUCUACAUCCACCUAGAACAGGUAUGUUUAUUGCUCCGCUAUCAUCAUGGAUAAUAAAAUAAAUGGAUAGGAAACUAGCGGACGUGACCUAAUGUUUUCAAUGGGAUGUUGGCAUGGUUGGAUGUUGAAACCUUAGGUUGCAAACCAAAUUCUCAAAAACGGCAUGUUUAGCAAUAAUACAGCUAAACAUUUUAGUCAAAGAGCAAAUAAAUAUAACUACACCAUUCUACGAUGAAAAAAUACAUCCCAAAUUUCGUUAAAAUUGGUGACGCCAAUUUCGUAGCUACAAAUGUAAAAAAAUUGAAAACAAAGACGAAAAACAUUUACCUUGAAUACUUUGUCGUGGCUUAGGCAUGUUUUUAAAACAAUUAGACCAGUUUAUGCUUCAAUAUUACUCUUUUAAAGCGAAACAACAAAAAUGCCGAGGACUUUGGCAAUACGUGUGACGUCACAGAUUGCAACUAGGUUUAGACUGUGACGUCAGCUAGUAGUGUCCUAUCCAUUUAUUUUAUUAUCCAUGCUAUCAUAAAGACACCAUCAAACAAGAAUGAUAGUUGACAGUUAUGCAUUGUUAAAUACGACAUUUCAAUAAAGGUUUGACGAGUGUUGCAACCAGUGGUGUAACGCUCAUUAGGUAGGGUUAGUUCAACUAAGGGCCCCCAAUAGUUAGGGACCCGGGCCAUCAGCCACGGCCUAUCGCCCAGAAAAUUAGAAAACGUAAAAAUGCAGGUAAAGAAUCAAUGGGAAAAUGCAAAAUUAAUAAUGCUAUAUCCUAUAGGAUUAAACCUCCAUCGACAAUAGUAGCUGAUUUUUUAUUCCAUCUCAAUAAAAAACAAAAGUUAUUCUUAUUAGUUGUUACAUGUGUUGGAGACUGUUAUAUUGUUAAUGUUAUUGACAUGGAAUUUUCCAGAACAUUCUAUAAAUAUUCAAUAUAAAUCAUAAUUUCAUAAUUUAAUAGCUUUAGUAGCCCUUGUUCAAAUAUAAACUAUCAGCACAUGGCAGGGAAUCCAAUUACUGCGGCCGUUUAACAACGACAAACAUAAUGAUAAUAUAUAGGAACAAGUUGUUUCCUUGUCCUCAGAGGCAAGUUGUAAGAUACUAUUUCAACACUAAACCAACUUUUAAACUCAUAUACCUGUAAUAACGAGAGAAACAAUUAAACAAAGAGUACUGCUUGAGGACAACAAACUAACUCUUUCCGAAAUAUGCAACAAACGAAAACACGAUGUCUAAAUGCAACACAAGAUCGGAUUGGUAAGACUACGAACACGAUUACACUUUGGACAGAUUGUUUUGUACGAACGAGGAUCGUCAACGUCGUAAGAAGUUCUUACAGUGCGUCUACAGUAAGUGGGGCCACUUUAUAGAAAACACUAACCAAUCACAUUGCAGAACAAAAAUAAAAAUCUAAUCAAACUAAAACUCGUCCAAUCAAAAGAAAGAUUCAGCAAGCCAUUAAAUGCAGUGUUUACUUUUACAAGUCUAUUUUUACCGUUUGACAUUCGUUUAUUUGUUCAAAUUGUUUUUGGCCUAAUGCUGAUUGGCUAAUGCGCCAUUUUUUUAUUUUUGUUCUGCAAUGCGAUUGGUCAGUGUUCUCUAAGUGGCCCCACUUACUGUAGACGCACUACCUGUUUUAGUUCUUCCGUGUUCCAGACACGGGUUGUUCGUAUGAAGAAGGAUUGUUGAUGGGUGGUUGUUUUGCAUUUGGGUAUGAUGAACUUGAUAAAUAUAAUAUCUCAAUCAAACAAUGACAACAGUGGACAGGGGCCCCCACACCAAGUAUGCCUAAGGGCCCCAUCUUCUUCCUUUGCGCCACUGGUUCCAACUAUGUUUUAACUUCAACAAAAUACAUGAUAGCGUUGGAAAAGCAUUAGGAACAGCUAACCAAGAUCGCGCCAACUCUCAUGCACUCUCGGCCUCGUUUCAUUUGGGUUUAAAUAUUUUUUAUAACUUAAUUUAUUUCCAGGCCACUACACGUUCGCGAUGUCCUCGGACGAUUCCUCAGAGCUGUGGUUAAGCUCCGACGAUGAUCCGAAGAACGCCCGACUUAUAGCUUGGGUAGGCAAUCUGAGUGAUCCAUUGUGGCAAGGAAUAGUUGGAGAUGGUGAGUUUACAAAAUAUGAAUCACAAAUUUCGGGCAAGAUAUUUUUACGACGCAACAGACGCUACUUUGUUGAGGCUUUGCAUAAGCAAUCAACGUCCAAUGAUCAUUUGUUAGUUGCGUGGAAAAUUCCGCUUGUCGGAAACUUCAGUCACAUCACACGUGGUCGAAUCUCACAAUAUAUUCAUCCACACGAACUUCAUAACCUAGAUGUCACUCGCUAUGCAAGACAUAUACCUCUCACUCCAGCCGUACUCCAGGAACCUAUCAUUCUACAGAAACUUCAGGACCAAAUACUGGUAGAUAUUUUAAACCCCACACAAAACACUGACACUCCAGUAUCAAGUGACGCCCGCUUGUACCGUAGCGACGAUUACCCGAUCAGUAAAGGAGACCAAAAUCGUAAACCGAUUGGGAAAAGUGAGCAGUUUUCACCGACUGGGAAAAAGUACUUAUCUGAUCAAGGUAGUAAAGAUAGUCAUGUUAAACAAAUUUUAGAGGAUGUUAGUUUUGAUACGAAAUUCCGCCAGUCCAUUGCUCAUAAAAUGUAUCGUAGUUGUGAUUAUAAUCCUAGUUAUAGAGUAGACUUCAAAGUAGCGCGGUAUGAAGGAGUGUAUUUGAUUCAUGAAACUGCAGUUUAUCCAGAUGACAGGACACAUUUGCAACAUGUGGAAUAUUUUAAACCUUGUUAUGAGAUGAGGUCUGCUGAUUCUCACGGCCAGAUGUUGCCUGGUGUCGACCAGAGUGAGUUUGAUGAAAGGGAUGACAGUGAGGAUAGUUGGAAUGAGGGUGGGGGAGUAGAGGGGAAUAUCAUUACAGUUAAUUAUCGAGACCAUCGUCUAGACAGUGUUAACAAAAGCAACUUUUCUGGUGGGAAAAGAUUUAACAAAAGAAAAAUAUUAGCGAUUUUAGAGUCUGGUAAUAAAAAUACCAGUAACUCACGGUACGAGCGUAAGUCAGAUGGAACAACGGUGACGUCACGUUUAGCAGUGUCGUCAGCACGUUCCCAUGACAACAACUUUCAAGAGAGAGGAAUUGAGCAUGGUGGUGAUUUGAAGAAAUCUGAAAAUAUUUUUAUUCCUGAAAGUAAUUCAGAUGAGAGUAUGGUUAAAAAAUCUCCCAAAACUACAGGUGACGAGGUUAGAAACUCCUUGGAAACGCCUGUUAACAGAGUAGGGAGAAUUUCUAAUGCUAGAGUUAAUGGCGGCUCAGAACGAAGAAUUAGUAAAAAUACAAAAACUAAAACUGGUAUUGAAGGACAAAGUAGAGAAUCUUUGGAAAGACCUGUUGAGGCAGUGGAGAGAGUCGCAAGAAUUCACUCAACUUCAGGACGAACACUCGAUAAAGCGAAACGAUCUGAAAACGAUCAAAUGAAUGAAAAUUUUAAAGAGCAACAAGGUCUACGAGAAAGUACUAGAAAUAAUGUAGAUAGUCCAAAACACGAGCUAGAAAAGCGUCAUGCACUUACUUUGAGUGGAACGAAAAUCUCUGAACGAAAUAGUGUAAAAGAAAAGAGAAUUACUAAUUCCACCCAAGAAAUAAUAAAAGAAAUAAUAAAAAGACGUAGGAUGGAAAGGCGUCAAGGCGAUGUUCAUAAUCAGGUCAGAAUUGUAGAUCAGGUAGGGACUAAGAAAAACUCCUCUGUUGUCAGACAAGGCAAUUCCUUCAGUAAUGACGAGGCAAAACUAUGGCAUCGCAAACGGGGCAAUAGUAGACGAUCUAAGAAUAUAUUUGUGGACGACAGCUCUCCGCUUGCAAUGACCUUCAGAACGCUUCACGAGUCGGGGCAAUGGAAGGAGAUUAAGGAAUACGCCGAACGGAACGGAUUGCUGCUGAACAAGAAAACGUGGAUGUAUGUAACUUGGAAAUUUCUACGCUACGAGAAGCCAAAAAAGCCGCAUGAUAAACUUGUCGAGUUUGUUUAUAAACAGAACCCACCCAAGUGUCGAACUGAUGGAAAUAUAUUGCUGAAUGAAAAGGUUAGUCAUGUUAAUAGACUGACUUUAUUUAUACUGGAUAGUUUUAUCAGUUCUAAACUGUUCUUCCUAGAAGUCCAGUAAGGAUCAUCUCUUAUUGAUCCAGUGUUAUUACAGGAGGAACCUAAACUAAACUAACUUUAUUUAUACUGGAUAGCUCUAUCAGUUUUAAACUGUUCUUUCUAGAGGUCCAGUAUAAGAGUCAUCUCUUAUUGAUCCAGUGUUACUACAGGAGGAAACCUAAACCAAACUAACUUAGUUUAUACUGGAUAGCUCUAUCAGUUUUAAACUGUUCUUCUUAGAGGUCCAGUAAGAGUCAUCUCUUAUUGAUCCAAUAUUAUUCCAGAAGGAAAGCGGAGUACCUUGAGAAAACCUUCGGUGAUUGAGUGAAACUGGAUGCACUCUUCUCACUGAAAAUAUUUCAAGGUUGACUUUUUCAACCUUUUUUUCCAGGUGGCGAAAGGUAUUGUUUGGAAAUAUAUGCAGGAUCUACGUAAAAGAUACGGAAGGUUCGUCUGUGUGUUUGCAUAUUUAGUUGUGUAUCCUUUACACAUUCAUAUUUACUCAUACUGUGGUUUUUCUACCACAGAAGUUUUUAUUUUAUUUUGUUUGUUCAGUGACGUAUAUCUAAGACGUAUCGUCAACAUUGAAGAAAACCAUGACAUCAUUAAAGGAGACAGAUACCUCAUUGAACUAGUAAGUCACAGAUACAAAUAAAUACUUUUCACAACAAGAAUUCAGAAAUAAUUGUUAUUUCAUGUUUAACACUAGUUCGCUUCUUGUCCAAAAGAUCAAUCAAGGUCAAUGUACGAUAGUUUCGCGGCUAACAUCAUUCUUUCUUUCACAGGAUCUGGGACUGAGAGAUAAAAGUAAGUUCUCUUUUUUUUACAGCAGAAUGUCCUGGGGAAGAUUUUCAAAAUUGCUUUCAUUUCAAUUUUUAGAUGAAACCAUCCAAGUGUCGGACUACGUGUACCUACCUCUUGGUGCCCAGUCCUUUUGCUCACCUCAACAUUUUGUCUGGAGAAAAAACGUCACAGUUCACGUGAUUGUUCCUGGUAAUGAAACUGACGAAUUUUUACUUUCUGUUGUAUGUCAUUGUUGAUCCAGACAUGGUCUCGGGCAAAGUCUAUAUGACGGUGAAGACAGUGGCAUGAUAACCAUCCACUGCCUCGAUCAAGCACUCCAUCGUACUGUUGAAAUAUUUGUGAACGGUGUCUCAACAUAAAAUCGUAAUGAUAGAGAAGUUUAUUGAGUUUCCAGACCAUGCACGUCAUUGUCGAUGUAUGUGUAUAGAGCUUGCAAAUAUCAACAUUUUUGUUUUAGUGAAAGAUCAAGGAAAAUGGGUGCAACAUUUCAUCGAUGAUAUGUCCGAGGUAAAGUACAGUAAUUCUGUUUUUCGGACUGUCUGUCAUUCUGUGUGUUUGGCUGUCAGUCUGUCAUUCUGUUUGUUUGGCUGUCAUUCUGUUUGGCUAUCAUUCUGUUUGGCUAUCAUUCUGUUUGGCUGUCAUUCUGUGUGUUUGGCUGUCAUUCUGUUUGGCUGUCAGUCUGUUUGGCUGUCAGUCUGUUUGGCUGUCAUUCUGUUUGGCAACUUUGGUUGUCUGUCUGUCUCUCAUUCUGUUUGGCUGGUAAGCUAUUCUGUUAAUCAGCCUAGUUUUUUCAUUACAGUUGUACGAGACAACACAAGAUUCGAAUGUGAACGUAAUUAUUGUGGAUUUCAACAGUACGGACAUAGAUAUUGAACAAGCGUUGAAGCGAAGUUCUUUAAAAAGGUAACACUAUUUGCUGGAGCUCCAGAGAGAACAGUUUAGAACUGAUAAAACUAUCCAGUACAAGUAAAGUUUUUCUUAAUUUAGUUUGAUGUGUAAUUAUCAGUUUUUUCCCUAGGUAUCGAUUCUUGCAAGUAAACGGAUCAUUUCAACGAGCAUUAGGAGUUCAAAUCGGCGCGGAUGUUGUGGAGGUAAACAAGUGAUCUACUUUAAUUUAAUCUUCAACCGUUACUGGGAAGAAUAUGUUGGUCAAGAAAUGUUGAUAAGUAAAUAAAGAAAUUUUCUCUUGUAGAAUCCAGACGAUAUCAUCUUUACAUGUGAUCUACAUUUGGAUAUUCCUAAUAACAUGAUCGAUGUUUUACGGAAGGUAAAUGAUUAGGUUUAACUUACGAAAGCCAUUUAAAUAUUUAAGCUUGUACUACAUUUCAAAUUUUAUUGUUCAUGUUUGUAGCAUUGUAUUCAAGGCAAGAUGGCGUUCUCACCGAUGGUUUUACGGCUUGAAUGUGGCUUUACACCAACACUCCCCUUUGGUAAGAAUCUCUCGUGUCUCGUACGCAGCAAAAAACGCCCAGCCUGUGACGAUGUUGAUGAAAACAGGCGUGAACAAUACUGAACAAUAUUGUUAACAACAGAAACAAUAUGGGCAUCAAAAUAUUGUUCAGGCCUGUUUUCAACAACAUAAUGGUUAAUACGUUGUGUUGCAGUGGUUAUGUAUCUUUCAUCUCUGGGGUUUGAUUUCUACAGGGAAAACAGUUUAGAACUGAUAGAGUUAAAUUAAUUUAGCUUAGAUUUUAUUAGUAACGUAUUAAUCUUUCUUUACCAGGCGAAUGGGAGACUAUGGGAUAUGGUUUGUUCGCAAUUUAUAAAUCAGAUUUUGACCGUAUUGGCGGCAUGAAUAUUGAUGAGUUUAAAACGAAAUGGGGCGGCGAGGACUGGGAGAUGGUGGACAGGUGAGAUUUGAUUGUAUUAAGACAGUCGCUGAUUGGCUGCAAGCUCACAUAGUAAUCGCUGAUUGGCCGGAAGCUCACAUAGUAAUCGCUGAUUGGCUGCAAGCUCACAUAGUAAUCGCUAAUUUGAUUGAAUGUGUGAAUGCAAGUUAUGUAUGUGUCCGAAAAACAAUUCUGUUCCUCCGGAAGAGAAAAUGGUGGAGAAAAUUUCUCGUGUGAAGCUUUACAAUCAAAACUAUUUCUUUGUAGAUGUCUAACAAAAGGGAUGGAAAUUGAGCGUCUUCGAGUACCGGAAUUCUACCAUUAUUUCCACAGCAAACAGGGUAUGUGGGGUAGCUAUGGAUUCGAGGACAACGUCUCCGGGAGCAUUGGGGAUACUAUAAUUGAAGAUGAGUUGGUCCCAGUUUAUGACGAGGAGGAGGACAGUGCAAUAGGGUAUAGUUAUAAUCAACCAUUGAUGCCGGAAUAUUAAUCCAUCCAGUUGAAAAGGUGAGUCCAGAUUCUAUUGCGACGUUUGUACAGACACACGGGAGUGUUGGAAUUCGGAAGGCAGAAGCAGGCUGCCACAGGCCACUGAUCUGAAAUAUGACCUGGAUAGUGCGAGUCAUGUUUCACGCCUCCAGACAAUGAAGGCAGUUAAAUAGUUUUCCAACCAGGACAAUUAAUCCUUUCUGAAUGUAAAAAAGUGAUACGUUUUAACUUUUUAGCUUUUUAUGUUAUUUUAAAAAUUUAUAUUUUAUGAAAAGCAAAGUUAGUACUGUAAAAUCAAAUUUUAGUUAAGUGUACUGUAUAUAUAAAUAAUUAUAUCAUAUCUUAAUACGUAUAUCUAAGGCUAUCGAUUCAUACUGUGCAGUCGAAAUUACAAAAUAGACAUACACGUAAUACAAUUUCAUUUGAAUAUAUAUAAAGUAGACAAUAACUUACGACGUGCUAUCCUAAAACUACAACAGUAUAAUAAAAACAAAUUUCUUUAUAGUGUUAAAAUCUAAUGCUACAGGAUAAAUGCGAAUAAAUACUAAGAGUUCUAUGAGAUGUUCUAAUUAAAGGUUUGUUUAAGACUGUGAUAAUAUAAGUGUAUUAACGUGUACUGGAAAAUAAUUCCAGCCUUGUAACGUUUGAGUGAUGCAUUUCUAACAUUCAAUAUGCUGAGGUAACACACGGCGCCCACUUUGCAUAUUCCCUUCCUCAAGAUCAUUCAGUAUGCUUCAAUGUCCUGAGCUAAAACACGGCGUCCACUUUGCAUAUUCCCUUCCUCAAGAUCAUUCAGUUUAUUGCAUAUCUCACCCAGGCCGCCUUUUUUCCCCAUUCAUCUCAUCAACCAGUGCUAUAUCUCCCAGGUUUGAAGGCUGAAAGUUUUGCCUAUCAUCUCGCUGCUUUUCAAACCUGCACUUGAAAAUGCAGUAGAUGAACAAGCCAACGACUGCAAACCCGAUUAAUCCUAUCACUGCACCUACAAGAAUAGCGAUAGCUUUCUCCACUCCCGGGACUUUAGAUCCUAUACCUGCUCCUGUUGCAAGCCCCAGUAGAACAAAGAAGAAUAAAGCAGCUUUGCCAUAUCUGUUGUUUCGUGUUACAUGAUUUUCACUCGAUUCUACUUGAGCGUUCAAGUCUAGUUGUUCAUGUCUGAAAGAAGUAAGGGUUUGAAAGUAUUCUAUAUCAGUCAGUGACCAUUUGAAUGCAAUUACGCCAAAAAAAAAUGUGGGUUUCCGGUUUCUUCUUAUAAAAACUUAGGUGGGGUAGGUCGGUUUUAACUUUUUUUUAAAACUUUUUUUUAAAUUUUCCUAACAACCGGACGCCAUUUUGUUUAGUCAGUGCUUCCACAUCCAAAGAUAAAUUUCCCUAAUAUUGCCUCAAAUUUCAAUUUUCCACAAACUUUUUCCUCUAAGUGGAAACCCUUACAAGCAUAAUCCAAUAAAAAAGUUUAGGGUCGGGAUUUUGACCGGAAACUCACAUAUUUUUUUGGCCUUACGAUUCAGCAUAUGUUCCAUUGCCUUUUCAUUAGUUUGAAAUUCCCGCUGUUCACCAGGUUCUCAAACGUAUUGCUUAUGCUAACCUUCAAAUCCAAUAACUUUAUCCUAUAAAUCUUUACUUCAACCUUUCCCUAACUGUAACCAUAACUUUAGGCGUAAAAAACCCCUGUGGUUCUGGUUUUAUAUCGUGAAAAAAUUAGGGUCGGUAGGUCGGAAAUAAAUUUUUUUUGAAUAUUUUUUUCAUGGUUUUGGUGGGUUUUUGCUGGACGAUUUGCAGUAGAGUCCCGACAUCAAUAUUAAUUGGAGAUGCGUAUUUCCUAUGGACAAAUUUAGGCAAUUUGGUUCAAUAAUUAGUGUGACAACAGACGCCAUUUUGACAUGCUGUAUGAGCAGCCUGCAACCACCUGGAGAAAAUAGGGUCGCACGGUCGAUCGCGUUGAAAAAAUAAUAGGGUCGGCAGAAAAAAAAUAUGGUCGGUCGGGAACCGGAACCACAGGUAUUGUUUUUACGCCUUAACUCUAAUAUUAACCCAAGCUUAAUACUGAUCUUACCCCAAACUUAACCUAUAGUCCUUGUGAUGUUUUUUUCCGGAUAGUAAUAAAAAAGUCAAUAUUCCUAUAAGUUAAUAUAGCUAACAUUCGUGUAACGCAAUAUAUUCAAUACUGACAGAAAACUUAUUUAAAUCGUCAUUUCUAUAACUGACUGCUCUCUGUGAAGCCUCUGUCCCAUUCUCUGUGUUGGUGAAAUUAAUGGAUGAUAAUUUUGACUUUGUUGAGUUGUGUACUUGCCCCCAUUGUGCUCGCGUGGUUUGGAUAUCUGAGGUCUUGUCAUUUCUUAGUUGAGACAUCUUUAUUUUAUACCUGAA